AUGUCACAGCCCUACGAUACCGACAAUUUCCAUCACCACACCGACGACGACGACGACCCUACCGACCGACCGACUAAAAAUCGCCCCUUACGACUUCACUUACGAACACUUCGUAAAAACUCUCAACAAGUAAUCAUGGCCCACGAAACUGUCUGGUACUCGCGCCCGCGCAACUACGGAAAGGGAAGCAGGUCCUGCCGCGUCUGCGCCCACAAGGCUGGUCUCAUCCGCAAGUACGGCCUCAACAUCUGCCGUCAGUGCUUCAGGGAGAAGUCCACCGACAUCGGUUUCGUCAAGAACCGAUAA